CAACAAAGCAGGUUGGCUGAUAGCCAGUAAUGCAGUUCUGGGAUUUUUUUACACAACAACGUCAGGAGUGUCUGCUUUUCAAAGUGAUGAAAACGUUACAUCGCAGGGCUUGGUGGAUGUGAUAUGUUUCCAGCGGUUUAGGGAUUUUAGAGCGACCACAUAGGCGAAAGCCGCGCACAGCGCGAGACCACACCUGUGACAGGAGCAUACCGUCCAACUUUCCAAACCGCGCGAAAUACGGACCAAAAUGCCGGUUCGGCGGGGACACGUGGCUCCUAAGAACACUUUUCUGGAUACAAUCAUCAGAAAAUUCGAAGGACAGAAUCGCAAGUUCAUCAUCGCAAAUGCUCGUGUGGAAAACUGUGCCAUCAUCUUCUGCAACGACGCCUUCUGUGGCAUGUGCGGGUACACACGCGCUGAGGUCAUGCAGAAGCCGUGUACCUGCAGCUUCCUGUAUGGACCGCACACCAAGAGGCCUGCCGUGGCCCAGAUGGCCAAGGCUCUGCUGGGCUCCAAGGAGAGGAAGGUGGAUAUCUCUCUCUACACCAAAGAUGGUGUGUGUUUCUCCUGUAAAAUCGAUGUGGUGCCAGUGAAAAAUGAGGAUGGCUUGCUGAUCAUUUUCAUCCUCAACUUCGAGCUUCCCACUGAUCCACAUAUUCCCAGGUCCCCAACUAGAGAGUUCAACCACAAGUUGCCCAUCCCCUGGCUGACCCUAAAAUGUCGGAAUAGGUUUCGCCUGCGCUCCACCUUGGUCCGCCCCCUCAGCAGGAGUAAACAGUCCCUGGAGAACGACACCAAGCUGGGCCACCAGCGGGACCUCCUUACUCUGGGUCAUGAGUCUGUGGCACUGAAAAAGCUGCUGUCCCCGCCAGAGCGCCGGCAUCUGGGUGGCACCGGGGUACUACACAGGGAUGAGGACCAGAGAGCCCUGCUGGGAGGUGAGUCCAUCUUGCCCUCCACAGACACAUCCGAUGCUCCCCCAGCCCUGUCCCUGGGCUUCUCCCAGUCCUCCCCCAGGCUGCACUGCCUCCGGAUGGAUGAGGAAUGUGGCUCCAACUGCAUUGUGACGCCCAGCCACUCAUGUGAGAGCCUCUGCAGUCUGCGGCACGUCUCCUCCGUGGACGGCAUCAAGAUCCGGAGGGGACGGGCCAGCUGGCACGGGAAGCUCCAGACGCGGCCCAGCAGCACAGGCAGAAUGACCUGUAUGAAGUCCAGCCUGCGUAAUGUUACAUCUGACACCACGUCUGACCCGAACCUUAUCCGCUUCCGGACCUUUAGUCACGUGACACAGGUCAACCCACUUGAAUACAGGCCCAACCCCCUGGUGGCCCACCCGUCCGCAGAGAUGGACAUAAUUGCCCCGUGUAAACUGAUGGACCGCACACACGGGGUUACUGAGAAAUUCACUCAGAUUGACGGAACCCUAAACAGCCCUGUGUGGAUUCACAGCACAGAGAAGCACAUAGCCUGUGAGUGUGAGCUCACCCAGGGGAGGGCACGGGGUUGUGAGAUUGGGGAGAUGAGUCUGGGAGGAUAA